ACUGAUCAUGCAGUUUCAAACCUGAGCACGCGCUCUCCCGGACGAUACAUGACCAACGUGCGAUUAACAUGGAGGUGAGUCUGUUUUCAUCAUCACUGUUUAUCACUUAGAUUCUCCUGUAAACCUCACAUGUCCGUGUUUACAGUAAGUUUAUGUGAUUUUACUGCUGAGAUGUAAAUCUAAUAUAUCAACAGUGGUCAUUGCAAUAGCCUGAUGUAAAAUCUGUUUAUAGAAAAUCAGAUUAUUAUUCUAUUCUGAACUCUUUCUGUCUUUUCCUUUCAGUCCAUACUAUUUGACCUGUUUGACAACAACACUGACAAUGGUUCAGAGGAGUCUGGGGACUUUGACAUGGACUUCUUGGAGCCGUGUGGAAGUGCACUCAGCAGCAACUUCAACAAGAUCUUCCUGCCCACCGUCUAUGGGAUUAUAUUCGUCCUGGGUGUGAUCGGUAAUGGGUUGGUCCUGCUUGUUAUCGGCUAUCAGAAGAAAGUCAAAACAAUGACCGACAAGUACCGUCUGCACCUCUCUGUUGCUGACCUGAUGUUUGUUCUCACGCUGCCGUUCUGGGCGGUGGACGCUGCCAGCUCCUGGUACUUUAGGGGCUUUCUCUGUGUGUUUGUGCACUUGAUUUACACAAUCAACCUGUACAGCAGCGUGCUGAUCCUGGCUUUCAUCAGUCUAGACCGGUACCUGGCAGUUGUUAGGGCCACCAACAGCCAACCCACAAGAAAGCUACUUGCAAGCAAAGUGAUCUAUGUGGGUGUCUGGCUGCCUGCAGCUGUGCUGACUGUACCUGACCUGGUGUUUGCAAGGGUGCGAGACACGGGGUCUUCAAACUUCCUCCUCACAGAUGAAGGCAUGGGAAUUGCAGACUCCAGAAUAAUCUGCCAGCGCAUCUACCCACAGGAAACCAGUCUUAUAUGGACAGUUGUUUUUCGUUUCCAGCACAUCCUGGUGGGCUUCAUACUUCCUGGCCUGGUUAUCCUCAUAUGUUACUGCAUCAUAAUCGCCAAGCUGUCGGAGGGCACCAAGGGGCAGGCCCUAAAGAAGAAAGCGUUGAAAACAACGGUCAUCCUCAUCUUGUGUUUUUUUUCUUGCUGGCUGCCCUAUUGCAUCGGCAUCUUCUUGGAUAACCUCAUAAUGCUGAACGUGGUAUCCUCAUCUUGUGAACUGCAGCAGGCUGUGGAGAAGUGGAUAUCUAUCACUGAGGCAUUAGCCUAUUUUCACUGCUGUCUGAAUCCCAUCCUCUAUGCCUUCCUGGGAGUAAAGUUCAAGAAAUCAGCGAGGAGCGCGCUAACAGUCAGCAGCAGAUCAAGUCAGAAAGUGAAUCUCAUGACAAAGAAGAGAGGACCGAUCUCAUCCGUCUCCACUGAGUCUGAAUCCUCAAGUGUUUUGUCCAGUUAAAAGUUGAACUCAGGACCUCUGACUUUGGUCUCCAAAGAAAUAAACCGACUGAAGCUUCAUGCUGGAGGAUCUACAUUGUGUAAAGAGUUUUAACCCUCCCCAUCUGUGAUGUAAAAUACUGUGUUGCUCAUUCAAGGCCUGGAUGCUGUUUUCUCAUGGAUGUGUGUCUGCUCUUCAAAACCUGUAAAUAGUCUGAUAGCAUUUGUGUGUUUGCACUUAAGUUGUGUGGGUUACGUAAAAGCUUUUAUUUAUUUUCAGUCGUUGACACUGUAAGUUUUGAUAAAGAAAAUGCAUGCUGCCUUUUUACAGUUAUUUUGUUCUCAUGCAAAGAAAUAAAUUCAUGGAAAUGAAAACA